GCGAUAAAGUAUAAAGGCAACGAUCCCCUUCUUGCUCUGCACAGACAAUCAACCUUUGGAUCGAAUGAGUUCUUUAAAAUUCGGAGCUGGUGUCACGAGCAACAAUGCAAUAUAUGCGCGAACACGGAACGUUGCUUUCUUUAGAAACUGCAAUUAAAUGAAAAAUUUCCCUAUCCUCCAUUACAAACCUCACCCUCUGUGACUUAAAACAACAGGCUAAUGAUUUGUGUGUAUUGAUUAAUCAAUGGGAGUAAAUCACCACGGACGUUAAUAUUCAGUUAGAAGACUAGUACGGUAGUUUUCUCCAUGGAUGUAGUGUCAUGUCAGCCUUUUCAUUUAUCCUAAUUCUUUUCCUUAGCGGCUUAUUCAGAUUAACAGGAAGUUCCUGUACGCUGCCGGAUGAACUAGAUGGGGUUUGGCACAGCGCACAAAAAGGACCUCUGACCAUCAACUCCACACUGGACAACAGUUCUACGCUGAACAUCAACUCCUCACACAUCUUUGGGUAUCCUAUAUAUAUGUCCGUCAGUGUUAAUUCGUUGGACUGGGAAUGCAUUGUACAGAGUGACAGGACAUACCUGUUUCGGUCGACGGAAACUUCCUUCGUGUUUGGAGGGAAUAUUCGCGGCUUCAUCUGUUUAGAAUUUUGGAGAGUAUCAGCCACAAAAUACUAUUAUUUUCACAAAACAGCCAUCUCUUCCACCAAUCAGGACCACGUCCUGGGGAGGUUUGACGACAGUAUUCCAACAACAGAGGAAGCCUGCACGGAGUCAUACAACAGUUCUUAUUUCAUCACCAUAACAAAAGAUGGUUCUGUUGAAGAUGGAUCAUCGGAAGCAACGUGUGCCACGGACCUUCUGAAUGAAUUCUCUCUGGUUACUAUAAGCCAACACGACGACUCGUCCAGUUGCGAAAACAACACAAUGGAUGGGUGCUUCUCCAAAACUCAGAUGUCUUUCUCAUACCAUUCUUCCUGUACCGCAAACCACAAGUUUUCCGUGGGAGGUUUCUGGACUUGCUUGAGAAGUAUAACCAGUAAUGGAUACACAUACGUCUCCCUUUGGAACAAUGACACGGCGGUGACAUCUUCUUAUAUUAACCCCUACCAAUAUACCACUGGGCAAACAUAUAGGGUUGCUUGUCUGGUUGUUAAAGGAACGAAUGCGACAUUAUUCCCCAAAAUGUGCUCAGAUUCAACACAGACGCCAUCUUCUGUUAGUUCUCCAGGUCUGAAGCUUACCUUUGCUGGUGCUGCAUCAUCUUGUUAUGUCACGACAGAGGACGGCUCUGAUGUUGUGUAUUACGUCAUUAUGAUUAUAGGUCCCUUAUUUAUCAUAUCUCUGGUGAUAUUAUUGAUAAUUCUACACAAGAGAGGAAUCUGCAAAAAAUGCAAGCGAAAAAUAUCUAAGUCAAAUACCGUGGGAUCUCAGGAAAUUAUCAUGGCGCCGCCACCAGAGAAAAUAGUACCAUUAUACUUUGAUGACCCCAUUCAGCGCGAAAAGACUGACGUCAUCAGUGUGUUUGAAUUCAAUACGACUUAAGAUUUCGACAAUUUGAUUGCUGCUUUUAUUUGUUAUUUUGUUUUUGUAUAUCAAAAAACCAAGAAUAUCGACAGUACUUUGUAAUGCAAUAAAUACUAGAAAUUUG